AUGGACGAGGUGGAGCUGGAGGAGGCGUGGCUGACAGAGGCGGGGUUAUCCUCCCUGGUGACAGGCUCGUCGGAGGACGAGGCGCCGCCGCCGGCUGAGGCAGUGCUGUCCACGUUGACACGGCAACAAACCGCCACAGUGAGGAGGAGGCUGGACAUAUACAAUGAGACGCUGAAGAAGAGAAACAAGCAGCCAAUCAGAGAUGUCCGGGACAUCUUCACUCAGUCUGACAAUGACUCAGCUGACAGAUGCCCCUCCCCCUUCUCUCACCACUCUGCGUCACCACCGAGUCGAUACCACACCACCACCAAAACCAUCCGCCGCAGCACUCACAGAGUUCGAUCAACUCUUCCCACGUUUCUGUUUGAGGAUCAGCUUCCUGAACACCCAUCAUCCCCCACAAACACACACUCUCCGUCAAACACACACUCUCUGACACUCACUCCCUCCCCUCCUCACACUCACUCACCACCCGUCAGUCAGUCAAGACGAGCUGAUUGGCUGUUGCGAGACUCUACGUAUUCAGAGGGUGUGGCUGAGCACAAACGGGGCGGGACUUGUUGGGACUGCCUGCAUUUCAUUGAGGAUGACAACAGUGACCUGUCAGAUCUCACCUGGGCAGAUGACCUGUCAUCAUGUGACCUCACCCAGCUCUGCUUCAUCUCUCACAUCGAGCUCUCCACCUUCCUGGUCGCUCUAGGUGUCCAAACCAAACAUACCCGUCCACCACGCCACAGAACCCGGGACGGCGGUGUAUUCGGUGUUCCUCUGAACUCAUUGUUGGAGAAUGACAGGAAAAAGUUUCCUGGAAUCAAAGUUCCUGUCGUCUUCCAGAAGUUGCUGUGUAUCUUAGAGCAGACCGGCCUGCAGACUGAGGGGAUUCUCAGAGUACCAGGAUCAGCUGCCAGACUGAAGUACCUGCGUAGAGAGUUAGACAGGUGUGGUGGAGACUUGGACUGGUCUGCAGUCAGACAGGUGGACGCUGCAGGUCUUCUGAAGCUUUUCAUCAGAGAGCUGCCGACACCUCUGCUGACACACACACACCUGUCCACCUACCGCUCUGUGCUGGGUGUGUCAUCUGUUCUCCACCAGGUUCAGGCUCUGCAGCUGCUGUCGUUGUUACUUCCUGAAGUCAACAGAGACACACUCAGAGCCCUGCUAGUCUUCCUGCGUAAGGUGGUCUCUCAUCAGGACCAAAACCGGAUGUCUCUGUGGAAUGUCUCCAUGGUAAUGGCACCCAACCUGUUCUCCUGCCGUCACCAUGGUAACAAGCUAUCCAUCACCAAGCAACGGGAGGAGAUGGAGGAGGCAGUAGGUGGAGCUCAACUGAUCCGGCUGAUGAUCACACACCAGGACCUGUUGUGGAUCGUUCCAAGCUUCCUGUUGUCUCAGGUGAGACGGAUGAACCAGGCAACCAAUCAAAAACAGUCUGGCCUGACGAGGACAGGGAGACGACUCCUGAGGAGGAAGAGUGACAAGAAUGACAGAAACCAGAUCACAGAGGUUUGUGAAGGUGUGAUCAGGGUCUGUGCCCCCCUACACACCAAGGUCUCCAUGGCGAUACAACUUGACGGACAAAUGAGAGCCAAAGACGUCACCGCCCGCUUCGAGUUUGAGAACAGUCCUGUUCAGAGUCUGUACGAAGUCGGAGGAAACAUCUGUGAGCGUCGUCUCCAUCCAGACUGCAUCCUGUUGGAUGUUUACAGAGCGAAUCCUCACUGUGAUUGGCUGAUCAAACCCUGACACACAAUCUUUCUCACCUGUGUCACAACUUGUUCUACCUGUCUCAUUGCCUCUGGCAACCUGUUGAACCACUCUCCCCCGUCUCACCGCUUCCAAAACUAGUUCCAACCUGUCUCACAACGUGCCUUACCACCCGACAGUCUCAUAACUCGUCUUACCUCCUGCCCCACAAGUCUCCAGCUGUCUCACCACUAGUCUGAACCUGUCUCACCACUCUCAACAACUUACACCUAUAACCAACACUUGACAUCACAGCGGUGACAUCACAUCCCAUCAUUCAUCAGAUGGUAUAAACAUAAGGCUCCUAAACUUCAGUGUUCAAACAUCAAUGGAGAUCAAUAGAAACAGUUUCUAUUGAUAUUUACUUUGUAUUUUGUACAUAUUGAUUAUUGAUAGCAAAGCAGAGAAUCAAUCGGUCUCUUCCUGUUCUGUUGUUUGUAAUAAACUAAAAUGUGGAUGUAAAAACUUGCUCAUACUAAAAUCAAAGAUGUGCUGAAGGUGUUGUCUCUCCUCCUGCUGGUCAGAGUCUGUACCUACAGCUGUGUGUCAGUGUGACGAACAUGAAUAGAACAACAGAACACAUCAGUAAACCUAGAGAAUAUGUUGAGAAUGUAAUGAUCCUGGUUUGAAUUAAAAUGGUUUAUUUCAUGUAAACAGAGCCCUUUGAGUUUAUGUGUCCACUCUGGGCUCCUGUAGUUUAGUGACAGUAAUGAAACAAUAAAAUAAAAGUCGUGGUUUAAACACA